CCCUAAGACUUUUGAUUACUUCGAAGGCUUAAUUGCAAACAAACAAAAAUGACCAUGAUUCCUCCUGUUGAAUCUUUGCUCAAAUACAACAACCCGGAGCUUGUGAGCGAGGACACCGAGAACGAGAACUCACCAACGAAUGAUUGCUUUGCUGGGUAGGUAUAACAAAAAACCUCCAGGGUCCGGGGUUCGAGUCCCGCCGGGGCCAUGUGUGUGUGGAGUUUGCAUGUUCUCCCCGUGCUGCCGGGGUUUCCUCCGGGUACUCCGGUUUCCUCCCCCAAGUCCAAAGACAUGCAUGCAGCCUGCCAUCUCUGAUCCAGUUCCACCUCCACCCAAAUCCACAAGCCCUUCACCCAGUGCCAUUGAACAGCAAACAGAGGAUAUUCUUAAUUCCAUCCUACCACCAAGAGAAUGGAUGGAGAAUGAUCAGCUGUGGGUACAGCAGGUGUCCAGCACGCCAUGCACUCGGUUAGACAUCAUUCACCUGCAAGUGGAACUGGAUCUCAGACUGCAGCAGAGACAGGCCAGAAAGACGGGCAUUUGCCCCGUCCGCAGAGAGCUCUACACAGAGUGCUUUGAUGAGCUCAUCAGACAAGUUACCAUCAACUGUCCUGAGAGAGGACUGCUGCUUUUACGAGUGAGAGAUGAGAUUCGCAUGACCAUUGCUGCCUAUCAGACCCUGUAUGAGAACAGUGUGGCCUGUGGCAUGAAGCAAGCUCUGCAGGUUGAGCAACAGAAGACAGACACUGAGAAAAAUAUUGUAGAACUGGCGAAUGAGAAGAGGGAACUGGAAAGACAGGUGAAUGAGCAGAAGGCUAAAUGUGAGGCAAUUGAGAAACGAGAAAAUGACCGGCGACGGGUUGAAGAGAAGAAUCGCACCGAAGAGAUCCAGUGUCUCAACCGCAUUAACCAGCAACUGAAGGCGCAGUUUAAUGCAAUCUUUGCCAAAAAGUAGCUAUAUGUCAUGUAUCAAGGAAGGAACUCUGGACUUCAUUUCCCAGCAGCACUGUACUACACCGUACUACAUCAAUGUCACAUGACCACCUGCACCCAUAUCACUUAAGAGCACUCCUAUAUAUAGCCACUGUUUGCACUGCUUCCGUUUGUCUAACUUUACCUUUGUCCCUGUUACCAUGUUUUGUUUCUUAGUUUAUGUUUAGCCUUAGCCACAGUAUUUUGCCUUGUUGUCUUUGUCUUUUGUAGUUUGUUGGGUUAUCUAUUAAAUGUUUGAAAUUCUGCGUACGCAUCCAUCUCCACCUUUGAAUCGUGAACGUAUGACCUAACAAUGGAUGCAGUGGAAUUUUUCAGGGUCCAGGAGUCCCGGUACAAAUGGGAGACUUUUAACUGGGCUGGUACCAUCUCCCACACUCUCUCUCCUAUUAUGGAUCUAGUCCAGCAAACAGAGUCAACGGGGAACAUCAGUCAGCCUCCCUGCUUGUCUGAGGACGCCGAUCAGCCUUUCUGCUCGGCUGAAGUCGUUGCUCGGUCAUCCUGCUUCGCUGAGGACGUCGCUCUGCCUCCAUUUUCUGCUGAAGAUGUCGCUCCUCUUCUUUGCUGCACGCCGUAUGUCACUCCCCCUUCCUGCUCCACGGAGGGCAUCAUUUCCCCCUCGUGCUUCGCAGAGAGCGUCGUUCCUCCCUUUGGCCUCGCGGAGAACCUCACUCCCCUCUCUGGCCUAGUGGAAAUCUUGGAGCUUCCCUCUGGCCUCGCGGAAAUCUUUGAGCUUCCCUCUGGCCUCGCGGAGAACCUCGCUCUCCUCUCUGGUCUUGCGGAGAACCUCGCUCCCCUCUCCGGCCUCGCGGAGAACUCUGCUCCCCCCAAAGAGAGCGGCACUCUCCCUUCUAGCAUCAUGGGGAACAUUGCUUCCCCCUCAGGCUCCGCCUUGAGCCUUGUUCCUCCCGCUGACUGUGCAGUGGCCAUUGCUCUGCAUUCAAGCCGGGCCGGGGAUAUCAUGCCCGAGUCUGCUGACACAGACAACCAAGCUCUGCCUUCCUGUCCAGUUGAGGACGCCGCCCUGCUUACCUGUCCCGCUGAGGACGUCGCUCUGCUUACCUGUCCCGCUGAGGACGUUGCUUUGCUUUCUUGCUCCGCUGAGGACGUCGCUCUGCUUACCUGUCCCGCUGAGGACGUCGCUCUGCUUUCUUGCUCCACUGAGGACGCCGCUCAGUCUUCUGGUUCAGCUGGGGACAUUUUACCCAGGGGGCCAGGACCGCCAGAGGGAGGGAGUGCAUUUUGGCACUCCGGGAGAAGCGCCCUUGCGGGGGUUCUAUCAUGUAUCAAGGAAGGAACUCUGGACAUUUCCCAGCAGCCACUGCACCUUACUACAUCAAUGUCACAUGACCACCUGCACCUGUAUAAUGUUUCUGUUUAACGAGUACUCCUAUAUAUAGCCACUGUUUGCACUGCUUCCUUGUCUUACGUUUGUCUAACUUUACCUUUGUCCCUGUUACCAUGUUUUGUUUCUUAGUUCAUGUUCAGCCUUAGCCACAGUAUUUUGCCUUGUUGUCUUAGUGCCUUUUGUAGUUUGUUGGGUUAUCUAUUAAAUGUUUGAAAUUCUG